GACGAGAAAAAACAAAUUGAUUAUUUAUCUGACAUAUGAAGUAUUGAAUUAUUAGGGCGUCAUGGGAGAUAUUGAAGUUGUGUACGAAGCGACAGAGGAAGAUGAGAUAGCAGCGAUCGAUUUUGAGGUGAGCCAGAUUCAGAGGGACAUUGAAAAAUUGAAGGAGAGGAAAUUGGCGCUGACUCAGAGGAAACAGAAGCUGUUGGACGAUGCCCUUCUGAAGAAGAGUCUAACAGUAUCGAAAAAAGAUUGGGAUAAGGACGACUUCCCUUGGUCCAAGGAUUUACUCCAGACUCUGACCAAAGUAUUCAAGAUCAAGAGGUUCAGGGAGCUGCAGAAGGCAGCAAUCAACGCGAUCCUCUCGAAAGAGGACACAAUUUUGGUGAUGCCAACCGGUGGUGGCAAGAGUCUGUGCUAUCAGCUACCAGCGGUUCUCGGGAAAGGUGUGACAAUUGUUAUUUCACCCCUGGUGGCUCUCAUGGAGGACCAGCUCCACGGAUUGGAGAAGAUUAACGUGAAAGCAGGGAUGAUGAACCCCAAGUCUGAUAAAAAAAUCACUAAAGCCAUCAUGGAUGCUCUCGAGGGGAACAACAACGAUCUGAAACUCGUUUACAUCACUCCAGAGUACAUGAAGAAGUCCAAGAGAUUCAUGUCUAAACUCCAGAAGGCUUUCAAUAUGAAACGACUGGAGUUAUUCGCUAUUGAUGAAAUUCACUGCUGUAGCACCUGGGGACACGAUUUCAGACCUGAUUAUCAGUUCCUGGGGUGCCUGAAGGACAUGUUCCCAGGUGUACCAAUUCUCGGGCUGACAGCUACAGCACCAGCGAAGAUAAUAAACGACGUCCAGAAGAUGCUGGAGAUUCAAGGCUGCCUGGUGCUGCGUGCGUCCUUCAAUCGUCCAAAUCUCUUCUACGAGGUCCGACGAAAGCCUGCGGACAAGGAUGUCUGCCUCUCGAUGAUUUCCAACCUCUUGAAGACGCGUUUCGCAGAGAUGUCGGGAAUUAUUUACACGACAACAAUAAAAGAUGCAGAGCAAUUGACAUCAGAUCUGCGGGAUAAGGGACUCCUUUUGGGAUGCUACCAUGCCAUGCUGGAGCCGGAGGUGCGAUCGAAGAUUUAUCAGCGAUGGAUCAAUGGUGAGUACCAGGCGGUGGUGGCGACGAUAGCUUUUGGUCUGGGAAUUGACAAGCCAGAUGUGAGAUUUGUCAUUCAUCACUGCGUGUCGAAGUCGAUGGAGAAUUUUUACCAGGAGAGUGGCCGAGCUGGAAGGGAUGGCAAGAAGGCAGCUUGUAUCGUUCUUUACCGUCUCGCUGACAUCUUCAGGCUCAGCACAAUGGUCAUAGGUGACAAGGUCGGACUCCAGAAUCUCUACAAGGUUCUCGAGUACUGCUUGGACUCCGGCACGUGUCGCAGAAGUUUGAUAGCUAAACAUUUCGAGGAGAAUUGGAAGCAGGAGGACUGCGCCGAGAUGUGCGACCACUGCAGACGUCCAAAAAAAAGCAAAGAGACGGACAUCGGCCCGUACUGUCGCCAAAUUUACCAGAUAAUCGAGAAGGCCCUCAAAAGUGAGACCAACCUGACACUCCUCAAGCUGAUGGACGCUUGGUACAACAAGGGGGCUGUCGCCUACAGAGUCUCCACCAUUCCAGUCCCCAAGUUCUCGAGAGAGGCAGGGGAAGCCAUCAUCGGCUUCCUCCUCAUCCAGGGAUAUCUCAAGGAGGACUUUGUGUUCAAUGCUUAUGCCAACCUCACGUACCUCAAUCGUGGGCCCAAGUCUGGGCUUGCUAUGGACAAGACUCAUAGGAUUAUGUUCAUCCAUGAUCAGGCCUUGGACCUGUAAAUUGAGACUGAUAAUUCCUCUUUUCGAAGUUUUCUCAUGUCUCCAGGACCUUUUCAGAAUAAUUGCCAUGUGCAUAUUUUGUACAAAAACUCUAAUAUAAUGUAACAGAAAUUCUCUAAUUAAUGUAAUUUAUUAAUUACUUGCGAGGUAUAUACAAAAAAUGUGUGAAGAAUGAAUUCACUAGCGGUAAACUCGAAUAAGUGCACAUUUCCUCGAGUUGAAUUUUUCCCGAAUAUCUCAAGAUUGAAGAAAAAUAUCGAUAUUUUUCUAAAUACCUUUUUUGUAC